UGAAUUUGAUAUACAGCAGUGCAAUAACGCUGGGUAUUUAUUCGGUUUGUUGUGACUUAUCUUUUUUACUUAAGCUGCUUUCCUCACUCAGACGGUCUGUUUGGACGACACGACGGUAAAAUUUGAAAUUUGGGACACUGCUGGACAAGAGCGAUAUCACAGUUUGGCUCCGAUGUAUUACCGCGGGGCGCAAGCGGCGAUUGUCGUUUAUGAUAUAACCAAUCAGGAGUCUUUUACAAAGGCCAAAAACUGGGUGCGUGAACUGCAACGUCAAGCAAACCCCAAUAUUGUGAUCGCUUUAGCAGGCAACAAAGCAGAUCUGGCAAACAAACGGAUGGUUGAGUACGAGGAGGCACAUUCUUACGCUGAGGACAAUGGACUUCUGUUUAUGGAAACCUCAGCCAAAACGGCUAUGAACGUUAACGACGUGUUUCUGGCCAUAGGUAAACAGUUAUUGUCGCAUCCGUUUUUUGCUCUUUGUUUAAAAGUCGUGGAAAGAAUGUUUCUGCCGUUUUUUGUGACUUUUUGA